ACUACCUGAUUGAAAAGGACCAUCCUCUUCCCCCUGCUAUGCCUUCCCUUUCAGCCUAAAUGUCCGUCCUCCCUUGUCCUUCAAGUCCUUUGUAUAAUCCUUGAGUUCAUUGGCUUCAUUCCCCAAAUUUCAGUUGCUUAUUCUGCAUCCAGUACCAGUGGAUAAACUCUCUUUAACCGCUGCCCAAACAGGGUAUCAAGGCCCUGCCCCUGACUUAAUCUGCUGCAUCCAUCGAGGACAGGUGGAGCUCUGGGUCCGUGAUGAUGAGGAUCGUGGGGAAAUGCAGAAGUCAGAGGACGUGCUGCCAGGACAUGCGUGGUUGCUGAGCAGAACUGAGGAGCAGGCUCCUGAGGAAGGGCCUGGAAAGCUGGAGCCACCAUGGGCUUCCCUGGGGAGUAUGGGCGAGGUGUAUUCCCUGAGCCCAGAGAAGGACCAAUGGCACAAGGGUCAGGGGAUGCCCCCAAAGCAGGAGACUGUAGCAGUGAACAUGCUCCCAUCUCUAGUUGGGCAUUGGAGUGAAGAGGGGAAAGAAGCCCUCUUUGUGGUGCUGAGACAGCUGAAGAGGCAGAAAGCAAAAGUGUACUGGAGAGAGAGACUGCAUUUAAACCAAGGCAGUGUGGGGGGCCUCAGAGGGAAGCAGGAGCUCACUGCCAAGCCCAGGGGGAGAGCUCACUCCUGCUCUCAGUGCAGGAAAAGCUUUAGUUUCCCCUCGCGCCUGGCUCUGCACAAGAUAAGGCACGCUGGGGAGAAGCCCCAUGUACGCGCCACGUGUGGGAAGAGCUUCUCCUGCCUCUUGCCCCUGGCUGCUCACCAUCCGCCCCUGGACCCACCAGUGCUGUGGGAUACAGCAGCCCUUUGA